AUGUCGGAUCUCGCGAGUCUAGAUACCAGCCAGCACCCUUACCUGCCCCAAUCUGCCUCCCUCCUCUUUGACGCCAAAGCAAAGGCAAACCUCAGCUUCGAGCAGAUUGCCCAGCACAUAGGUCGCAAUGAAGUAGCCACAGCAGCAAUAUUCUACGGGCAGGCCAAGGCGUCCAAGGAGGACAUCAUCAAGCUCGCUGAGCUCCUGCGCUUGCCGGCCACCGCGUUAGAAAUGCAGAUGGGCGGCUUUCCGGAUCGAGGGCGCUCGGUGGAGAUGCCUCCGCGUGAGCCCUUGAUCUACAGACUGUAUGAGAUCGUGCAGAAUUACGGAUACGCCUACAAGGCGAUCUUGAAUGAGAAGUUUGGCGAUGGUAUUAUGAGUGCGAUCUCUUUUUCGACGAAUGUGGAGAAGGAAACGGAUGAAGAUGGGAACAAUUGGGCUAUCAUUACAAUGAGAGGGAAAUGGUAA